AAGAACAAUGGCUUCCUUCAGCAACCUGACUGUUGGCAUUGCUGUUGCCAGUUUUACUGUAUUUCAGCUCCUGUUCCAUGUUUUAAGUUCUUGGGUGUCAACACGGAUAACACCUGGUUUUAACAAUCUCAGCCAAAAAAGGAAGAUCGAAUGGAAUUCAAGGACAGUGUCCACAUUCCACGCCUUGGUGGUUGGUGGGUUUUGCCUGUAUAUUUUGUUGUACGACGACGCUGUUAAUGCUGACCGUCUCUGGGGUGACCCUUCAAUUGUGAAACUGAAUAUUGCUAUUACCGCAGGCUACCUCAUUUCUGAUUUGUUGCUUAUUAUUUACUACUGGAAGGCAAUCGGUGACAAAUUUUUUGUAAUACAUCACCUGGCAGCUCUGUAUGCUUACUAUUUUGUACUGAGCAAAGGUCUGUUGGCUUAUUUUGGAAACUUCCGUCUGCUUGCAGAGUUCUCCACUCCUUUCGUUAAUCAGCGGUGGUUUUUUGAAGUACUGGGAUAUCCCAAAUCUUCAAAGGCCAACAUCAUCAAUGGUGUGCUGAUGACAGUUGUGUUCUUCGUGGUGAGGAUUGCCGUCAUGCCUGUAUAUUACAGCCACGUAAUUUCUUCAUUUGGAACAGAGGCUUUCCAGAGAUUAGGAUUUGCAGCCCAGAGUGCCUGGAUUAUCUCAAGUGUUGUCUUGGAUGUUAUGAACGUGAUGUGGAUGGUCAAAAUUGCAAAAGGAUGCUACAAAGUCAUUCGUCUUAUCGGACAGGAGGAAGCCAAAACUCACAGAAAUGGAAAAUCUGACUAGAAAUCAUACGCAUAAAAUGAAAUUUCUGCUACGAAAAAUAAUUUGGGUUCACUGAAACAGUGCACAUUUCUGCCAUGGAAUGCUCCUCUUAAGGAAACAAGGUAUUACCUCUGUAAAUUUUUCUUCCCCUAGCCACACUGCCUGCACACCCAGGGCCACGCUUUACGGAUCCUGCCCGGUGAGGAAUAAAAGCAAAAGCUCACACAAAUGAGUUCCACGUGUCUGUUCCAAGCUACUGAAAUUAGAAAGGAGCAGACUGGUUACUUGCUUGUUAUCCACCAGUGUGUUUGAAGUGUUUCACUCAGGUUUCUCGGAUUAAGGUGUUUUGUCAGUCCAGUGUGUACUGACAUCUCUCUUUUUUUAGGAAACAAGAAAACUCCCCAAACUCCUGAUAUGGUGCAAUUUUCCUGGCACGUUUCUAUGUUUUCUUCUAGGAAUAGCAAUCAAGAUUUCAUUCUUGACAACUUUUUAAUUUUUGCAAGAAAAGCUAAAAAUUUAGCUUCGAUUCUGUGAAGUCUUUUACUGCUUUUUGUUCUGACUUACACGAAUGCAAACAGUUUUGGGAAAUGUAUGAAAUAAUCUUAUCUAAAAUGCUGUAUUAUAAGACUACAGAAUAUCUUAAAAAUUGUUAAAAUUCUCUGUUUUUGAUGGGAAGGAUUCACUUUUGCUGUGUUAGAUUACAUGCAAUAAUACAUCUUCUAAAUUGCCCGUGGAAUUUUUUUCAUAAGUUAGUAUGUGUGGAAACAGCCUAAUUCUUACUGGAGUGCUUUUUCUUUGCUGCUGCUACCUUUGAGAAGUGCUGCAACUCUCCUCAGAGUAUUUUUUUAACCAUUGGCUAUUUGGAUGCGAAGUUUAAUAGGAAAGAGAUAAAAUUCUUCUGUGUAUGUGAUAUGUAACUUACUGUAAUAUUUUUUUUCUUUCAUCACACAAAUGAUCCGUUUGAUAUGAAGUGUUGAGGGUUUUCUGUCACAUUUGCCUUGUUAAUUGCAUCAGAAGACUGAGGUGUUGACUAAAAACAUUCUUGAAUGAACUGUGCCAAACUCUGGUAAAUCUGUAAGGUCAUUCUGUAGAAUGGCAGUUCACUUCUGUAGGCACAACUUUUUUUUUUUUUUUUUUUAAAUUUUUUUAUUUUAACCGGGUAUUUGUCAAUAGGUACUCUGUUCCCUCUUUGCAAACUUGAAGGUUUGGAGUCCAUGGGAGAAGAAUCUUCCUGUGGUGGUUUGACCUU